GUGUGUUUUAGUAAGCCGUAGUUUGCUAUGGUUUGACUUUUUUCCUCCAACAGGACUCGUUAGAGACGCACGCCAGCCCGUGUCUUCAUUUAGGUUGGCUCCAUCCGCAGCAUAAUGGAUGAAUGCUGUUUUUGAAGAGGACAGAACUCCACCUAACUGGGAAGAUAUAUUUAACUACCUGCACUCUUUUCUCCAAAGGUAGUGUCGUCGAAUAACAUAGGACAGCGCACAAUGAGGACACAUCAAGAAAUGCGCAAAGUGGCUGGAGAGGAAGUGAGGAAAAGUGAAGUGUGAGGCUGAGAAUGUGGCGGGGACACCACGGGGCAACUGGGCUGCAAGUUUCCUGAGCUUUGGAGAUCUGACGAGGGAGAAACAAGAGGGGAACGUGUUAGUGCUGCGCGCAGGACCAGCCCUGCAGUACUCCUGGCAUAUCAGUGCAAUACCUUAUAUUUAGAUGAAAGUAUAGGAACAAUCAGUAAAAGAAGAUCAAUCUUGAUUCAAGACAAGUUUAAAAUCCAACUGGAUCCAAAUUAGUCUUCAUUAUACUACUUCCAGAAGUAUUCGACUGCCCCCUCCUCCGAACCUUUUCCCUUCAAUUUUGCAAUUCUGAUUCCCGAAGUGGCUCCGAAGUGGUGUUGCGGCUCCUCGUCCCCGGCGGAUCCGGAGAUUGGGGUCUCUGCACCGGGAGGAGGCGGAGUGGGAGCUCCGGCCACACCGCAGGCUCCUAAGAGCGGCCGCGUCAAAAGGAUGGUGCGUCUGGCGGCGGAACUGCUGCUCCUCCUGGGACUACUUCUCCUCACCUUGCACAUCACGGUACUGAGGAGCAGCCCGCUGCCACAGGGAAACGAGACUCUGAGCCUGGAUCAGGACACAGCACUUACAGAGCAGAACAAUAUAAAUGCAAAAAGCAGCUCUUCGGCCAAACUGGCUCCUGAAGACCGGAAGUCUGGAACAGAACACCGGUUGGCCCACCGGCCUGCCACCCUCCCCUGGGCACAGGGCACCAACGUGCACCGGGACAGCCCUGGAGCCUUCCUCCUAGACCUGCACAACUUCCCCGACCUCUCCAAAGCAGACAUCAAUGGCCAGAAUCCCAACAUACAGGUGACCAUUGAAGUGGUGGAUGCACUGGAGGGCCAUGAGCCAGAGAAAGGCCUCCGUAAGGAGAGCAAACCAAACUGGGCUUCUCCAAACUGGAGAAACUGGUGGCCUCGCUCUUCUUCACCCUCCUCCUCUUCCACCACCCAUCAGACGGAGGAGAAAGAUCUCACCUACGGGAGCAACCGUGAGGACAGCAACUUCCUCAGGCCGCCUGCAGACUGGGACAGGAGAGGAGGAGCCGGGGGUGGAAGCAAAGCUCAAACUGAAUAUGACUAUAUGGACGGAGAGGGGGACUGGAGUGACUGGACUGCCUGCAGCGUCACCUGUGGGAACGGCAACCAGAAGAGAACCAGGUCAUGUGGUUAUGCCUGCACAGCCACUGAGUCAAGAACUUGUGAUAUGCCCAACUGCCCAGGUAUUGAAGAUGCCUUCAAGACAGCAGCUACUGAAGUGAGCCUGUUAGCUGGAACCGAUGAGUUCAAUGCCACGGAGCUCUUUGGCGUUGACACAGACAGUUGCGAGCGAUGGAUGAACUGCAAGAGCGACUUCUUGAAGAAAUACAUGACCAAGGUGGCAAACGACCUUCCCAGCUGCCCUUGCUCUUACCCCACUGAGGUGGCGUACAGCACCGCCGCCGUACACGAUGUUCCCACGCAGCGAGAUUUCCGCUGGAAAGAUGCCAGCGGGCCAAAAGAGAAGCUGGAGAUCUACAAGCCCACGGCCCGUUACUGCAUCCGCUCCAUGCUAACACUGGAGUCCACCACGCUGGCAGCUCAGCACUGUUGCUACGACGACAACAUGAAGCUCAUCACUCGCGGCAAAGGAGCCGGCAGUCCCAACCUCAUCAGCACAGAGUUCUCAGCUGACCUGCAUUACAAGGUGGACAUCCUUCCCUGGAUCAUCUGCAAAGGAGACUGGAGCCGCUACAACCAAGCCAGGCCGCCAAACAACGGGCAGAAGUGUCCCGACAACCCUCAGGACGACGACUACUACAAACAGUUUGAAGAAGCAACGGAAUUCUAGCCGGCUGCGAAAAUGUUCAGCUAAACCUCAAUGGUACAGUUUUAGAUCCAAUAACACAAGAACUUUUAGGCUCUGAGGAACAAGACUUUUUUGAACAAAGAGGAAGGAAAAUCGUACAGUCAGAACACUUAUUCGCUCACAAAGAACUUUUCUUGACUUCACCAAAACCAGUCAGACGACGUUGCUCGUUUUAGUUUUUUUUACAAAAUAUGCCUCUGAAAAAAAGUAUUUGCGUCACCAAUAAUAACUCUCACAGAUCUGGUUAAUAAAGGGAGAACCAAGUUUGUAUUCUUAAAAAGGGAAAAUUAUUAUUCCAGGAAUGUUCGUUUAGAUUGUGUCCAUGUUCGUCUCCAUAGAUUGUUUAUGUUUGGUGAAUCUGAGAGGCCUGUGGUAAUAGAAUAAUGAGAUCCUUCAGGAAUGUGUU